GACAUUGACAACUUGACAAUAAAUGUCAAAUUACGUUUAUAUUUUGUAAAUUAAUGCAUUAGCGCCAAUAAAAAAUAUAGUAAAUUCGAUAUACUAUGUUUUAGCCUUUUCAUAAUAUCAUGGCAGGCAAUUUUUGGCAAAGCUCACAUCACCAGCAAUGGAUAUUAGAUAAGCAAGACUUAGUCCGAGAUCGACAGCACGAUUUAAACAUUUUGACAGAAGAAGAAUAUCAGAAAAUAUUCAACUUCUUUGCAAGUAUAAUUCAAAUUUUAGGGGAGCAACUUAAGCUCAGGCAGCAAGUUAUAGCGACGGCUACAGUUUACUUCAAGAGAUUUUAUGCGAGAAACUCCUUGAAAUGCAUAGACCCACUACUUUUAGCGCCUACUUGUGUAUUCCUCGCUUCGAAGGUUGAAGAGUUCGGUGUUAUAUCUAAUUCUAGACUAAUAACAACUUGCCAAACUGUUAUAAAGAAUAAAUUUAGUUACGCAUAUGGACAACAGGAGUUUCCAUACCGGACUAAUCACAUUUUGGAAUGUGAGUUUUAUCUUUUAGAAAAUCUCGAUUGCUGUCUCAUUGUAUUCCAGCCAUACCGACCUCUGCUGUUAUUUGUGCAAGACAUAGGACCUGAUGAACAAUUGCUUACAUAUGCUUGGAGAAUUGUUAAUGAUUCUUUGAGAACUGAUGUCAGUUUACUAUAUCCACCUUAUCAGAUUGCUAUUGGAGCCAUGCAUAUAGCUUGUGUAAUGCUUGGAAAGGAAAACCUAAAACCGUGGUUUGCAGAACUUAAUGUUGACAUGGAUAAGAUCCAAGAAAUAGUGAGAUCUAUUAUCAAUUUAUAUGAAAUGUGGAAAAGUUAUGAUGAAAAAAAAGAAAUUCAAGGACUCCUGGGAAAGAUGCCGAAACCAAAGCCUGCACCCCAAAGAUAAUAUUUCCUCUUGCGGCAGUAUUAUAUGAU